AUGGAUGAGUUGAUAACUUCUUCUGAAGGAGGAACGCCUGAUUCGAUAAUCGAAGGUGCCAUAGUGACUGGAGUCACGCUAGCAGUUCUUCUGUUCCAAAAUUUGAUUUUUAUCUACCAAAAAAGCAACCCCCCCUGUUCUUCCCUGAUAUCUUUAGCUUUCUCCAUCCCAUCCUUUUUGAAUCGAUUCACCACCAACUCCUUUGUCAAUAAUCCAUCUCUUGGCAAGAUGACUAAUAAGGAAGGGAUAGACAAGGCUCAGACUCACAUCCUUGAGGGACUUCAUUGGAUGAACGAAGUCUCUUUGCACAACAAAGCUCGUGUGGUGGCUACGGCUGCCAGAGAAAUGAAGUUUGACAAGCUAUCUGAUUGCAUGGACAAGCUUCGAUCUAGUUAUCAAUUUCUAGAGCGAGAGAAGAAAAAACUGAUAUAG